UGUAGUCAGUAUGCAUAUCAUAUGACUUAAAGUAGCAAUCGGAUAAUACCAAUAUAUUGAUUAUACGUUUGCGCUAUUUUUAAUUUUCAGUUUAAAUCUAUUUAUAGCGUAACGCGGGUAUACUAAAAUACUAUAUAAGCCAACAAAUUUCAUUAUAUUAAGUCAUUGAAAUACAUAACAUACUUCGAAUUGUAUAAGCGCACAAAAGGUUGAAACUAAGUGGACACUUGUUGCGUGCGAAAUAAAUGCGUGUCACGAAGGUUAUUUAGAAGUGGAAGUCCUUCUAUUCGGAAAUACAUUAACGCCUUGUUAAGUAUUUAAACCGCUACAGCGCGCGCUUGUACCAUCCCCAGGUCGGACCUCAAAGACCUCGUGAAGAGGCCGGUAGGACCUGUAAAUAAACUCUGAUUUAAAAAAAAGAAAAGCUUGUACCAUCUCUAUAUAAAGGUUGACAUACGCAGGGCAACACAAACAGUGCGAGCAGACGUGCGUUUAGAUUGCGUUUAGCUACCGAUGCAAACCGUGGCGCAAUAGAUUUAGAUUUGCUCAGAUAAUUGUUCACAUGUUUAUGUUGUAUAUUUCUUGUUAACAAAACACACAGCGGAAAUUAAUUUAUUAUGUGAAACAACAUUUAUUGAAUCAGGUUACAAUUUGAGAAACGGAACAGACGAUCUUAACUAUUUGUGCGAUUCAGGUUGAUUGCACCGUUUAAGAAACAAUUCAUCUACGGACUCUUUCAACGUUCAUUCCAGUGUAAAGAAUCGCGGAAAAGCUUUAUUCGAGAAAUAAAAUAAAACUUCUUUUGAAUUUUUCAAAAUGGUCGACAAACGAGAACGAAAAUAGGUUUUACUAUUAAAAUCUCGAAAAUAAAUAAAAUAAAAAUAAAUACGGGCCAUACAACUCAAGAAUGCGCAUGAACGAGAAGCGGCGAGGUGAGGUGAAGUGCGUCAUCGUCGGCGACGGCGCGGUCGGCAAGACGAGCAUGCUGAUGAGCUACACCACGGGCGGCAUCAAGAUGGACUACAUCCCCACGUGCUUCGACUGUUACACAGUGGACGUGUCUGUUGGCGAAAUGCAACACACCAUGAGCAUCAUAGACACAGCCGGACAGGAGACUUACGAUCGAUUGAGGACCCUCUCGUACUACGACACCGAUGUUUUCGUCAUCUGCUUUUCGGUAGCAGACGAAGAUUCCUUCAACAACGUUAAAACAAAAUGGAUUCCGGAAAUACGUCAGUACCGACCGGGAACACCGUUUAUUCUCGUAGGCACGAAACGCGAUCGCAGAAACUCUACGUUAGAAUCGAGCAGAUUGUCAGCGCAGAUGACGUCUGUUUCAUACGAGAAUAUAAGUGUUAAAGAUACAAAAGACGUUAAUUUUGUGUCUGUGAAAAAGGCAAAACAUUUCAGUCGAAAGUGUGGAUCGCUCCGAUACAUGGAAUGCUCAGCUCUUGAGGGAACUGGUGUAACGGAAGUGUUCUCGGUUGCUAUGGAAGUAGCGGUGGCGCCUGUGCGUAAAAGGCCACAUAACUUUAUUUUAAGUAUUAAAUCUAUUUUUAGAAAGAAAUCUCAGUCCAAAAGAAGGUUAUUUACUUCAAAGCCGGAUUGUUUUGAGAAUAAGAACAUAUAAUAUUCCGAUAAUAUCGGUAUGGUGCAAUAUUUUGUUACUUGCAUGCAUGAAAAGUGCCAAAUUAAAUGUUGUUUAUAAUGUCGCAUAUUUAUUGUGAUAUUUCACUAUGUAUAACAAUGAGGGCAAAAUAUAUUUUAAAUAAGAUAUACACAAAAUAUAUUUUGUUUCAUGAUAGACACAAUAUUCUUUACAAUAU